AUGUUAGGGUUACAGUUAGUUGUUGGAUACUUUCUGUCUAUAUUAUUCACUGUGCUGGGUUCCUUCAACGACAGGAACGUCAUAUAUGCUAUCAACUGUGGUGGUCGAGCUCAUACGGACCUUAAUGGCAUAAGAUAUCAAGCAGAUUACUUGACGGCUGGGAUUGCAUCGGCGUAUGGUGGGAGAUAUGCCAUUGCUCGGGUAGACCCCCGUGACGCCGUUCUUUAUCAGACUGAACGGUAUAGUACUGAAGACUUUUCUUAUCUAGUUCCUGUUCCCCCAGAAAAUGGAGUUUAUACGCUUGUGUUGAAAUUCAGUGAGGUUUAUUUCCAUGCUCCUCAAAAGAAGGUGUUUGAUGUUUUGCUGAACGACGAGGUAAUAAUAUCAGAUUUGGACAUUUAUAAGUCGGCAGGUGGUACUGGUGUCGCCUAUGACAGACUGAUUUCUUUUAGGCUGAAAGGGAAAACAAUAUUUAUUGGAGACUCGGCUACUGAAGUUGGCAAAGAAUUAAAGCUCACUUUCGCAAAGGGGGCUUAUGACAAUCCUAAAAUAAAUGCGUUUUAUCUUUAUAAGGGACCAGAGACAGAUAUUCCUCCACUUCUCAGUGUUCCUGAAUUUACUGAAGGAGAAGAAUUCGAAAUGCCAGACGAAACCUCUGAAUCUGAACAGGAUGAAGAGCCAAGGAGACCUAGAUUCGCAGAUGGACCGCCUGUUGAAGAUCCAUACGCAACACAAGAUAGUGGCUAUAUUCUUGUACCGAUAUUGGUUGCUGUUGCUUGCUUCUUCCCGGUUGUUUACUGUCUUUGUAAAAUGUAG